AUGGUAAGUCUUCUACCGCUCGGCCUUUUGAAUGCGGCGCAAGGCCAUCCAAUGCUGGUGGAGCUGAAGAAUGGAGAAACGUUGAAUGGUCACCUCGUGAACUGCGACAACUGGAUGAACCUGACACUGAAGGAAGUGGUGCAGACAAGUCCUGAGGGCGACCGUUUCUUUAGACUACCAGAGGUUUACGUCCGGGGAAAUAAUAUAAAGUACCUCCGAGUCCCAGAAGAAGUGGUUGAUUUAGCCAGAGAUCAACAACAGAACCAGCAGUCAGGACGUAGUCGUGGUGGUGAUAGACAGCACAGGGAUUCAGGGCGAGGUGACCGGGGAGGACGAGGCGGCCGCGGAGGCAGAGGACGUGGCAGGGGAAGAUAG